AUGGCGGAAACAUUUGGAGUGGAAGAAGCUGUUGAGUGUAUUUUUAGGGCAGAUGAGUCAGGCGAGGAACAAAAAAGUGAUGCAGACAUCGGAUGCCGGGAACAAAUAAGCAAAUCUGAACCAAACGGAAUUGGAAUAGAAAAAAUUCUUCAAACUACCUAUAUAAACGCGGCUUGUGUACUUAAACACGAGUCCCAACUGUGGCUGGCCGCUAUCCACAGACGGCUCGCUGGGAGAAGAAGUGUGAGACAUCCAUAUUAUGCAGAAUUUUAUCGCGACAUUCCAGUUGACCUUUUUACUGCACUGUCUCACUCCAUCAAAGUUUCAAACGAUCCAAAAUUAGGGGAACCUAUGUGCUAUAUUAAAGGAAACAGCAAAGGUGAAGUGGUUUCUUUAACAGACAUCCAGUCCCUAAUCUAUUUGCUAACAUUGUUGUCUGGCAAGCAGCAAGAAGAUGUGGCCUUUUAUUUGAAAAGAACGCUCGGGGGAGCACGGAAAAAUCACAAAACAAAG